AAAGAGUUUUUCAAAUUAGUUUAUUACAUAUUCUGAUUAUUUGACCAUUUUCUUUUUAUUUCAAUAAAAACAUGAACUGUUUCAAAUAUUAAACAAUUUACCUGAUCCGAAAAGUUCAUCUUUUUAUAGCUUAAACAACACUCAUAGAAAAAUGGCAAAUGAUUACUUGAUCCACAAAUGGAGGUUAUGGUUUGGAAUUUUUGAUGUUGACAAGACCGGACAAUUUUCUCGUGCCACCGAAGCAAAUCAUGAGGAAGGAUUUGCAAAUCUUAAUAACUUGAGUGUGGAACGUAAGAAAGAAGUUAUAGCAGCCUCCAAACAAAUGAUGGAAGAGCAUUAUUUUCGUGGAGAAACAGGAGCCUUGACUGAACAAACUUUUGUAGAUAUGAAUAAUAGUGAGUAUAAAGAAGAUAAAAACAAGUUCAUUGAACGAAUGAGGAAAUUAUGGAACACUGAUUGUGACAUUAUGGAUUUGUAUCAAGAGGGUUAGAUUAUGCAGGAUGUUUUUGUGAACGCGUUCCAGGCUGCAGGUCAUGCCAAUGUCGAAAAGGCGGCUAAAUUGUUCCAGUCAUUUGGCCCGAAAGAUCAGAAGAUUCCAGUACCGGUUCUCGUUGAUGCUUUGGUUCAUUUUACAACAAGCGAGGACAGCUCGAAACCCGAUUUAUUUAGAGAAUAUUUGGAAGGCGGACUUUAAAUCAGUAUUUCACUUUUAAUUAAACAAGCCGAAUGAAUUCUAUAUGGAAAUCCUUAUGGAAUUUAAUUGUUUCCUCUAAAUACUUUGAAUUUCUUUUUGUUUUAUCUUAAUUGUUUGAAAUCUUAUUGUUCCUUCGGUUACAUAUUGAAUUGUAGUAAAUACUGAAAAUAUUCAUUUAUUGUACACUCAAGUAAAAGCAUUUCGCAUUUCUUUGUUAGCUUAUUACCUUAUGUAAAACAUAUAAACUCAACAAAGUAAAGAACAAAGGCAUUGUCAUUUGUUUAAAUGGAUGAUAUUCUAACUCCAAAUAUAAUAGAAUACAAUGAUAGUCUAAGCAUUUACUAUUAAAGUUGAUUACAUUUUCAUAUACCUGCUGUUAUUUAUCAUACAUUGUAUUAUCUUAAUAAAGUGGUUGUUUAAUAUA